ACUACACCGUUAGCAACAAUAGAAUGGGGAAAGUGACUUUCGGAGGUAAAUGUUUGCAUUCGAUGGAAGAGACGGGCCUUAACCCAUACCAAACGGUUAUCUGCAUUUUUGGUGAAACUCUUGAACCUUUAAAUCGGGGAGAAAAUAUUCCUGUGUUUGGAUUCGGAGAUAGCAAAUGUAAAGACAAGUCUAUAUUUGAACUUAAACCAGGGGAACAAUUAGGAACUGCUAGUCAUAUUCUGGCUGCUUACAACGAGGUCACACCUACAAUAACGCUUGGGGGACCAACGCAGUUAACCCCUCUGAUAUAUGCAGCUAUCGAUGUAGUCAAAGAAACAAAAGAGUAUCAUAUCCUUAUCAUUGCUACCGAUGGACAGAUCCCAGAUGAAAAACCGACAGCAAAGGCAAUCAUCGAGGCUUCUGAAUACCCACUUUCCAUUAUCCUUGUCGGCGUCGGCGAUGGACCAUGGGAUACAAUGAAACGGUUUGACGAUCAACUUCCUGCAAGAAAAUUUGAUAACUUUCAGUUCGUAAACUUCCACGAAGUAAUGAAUGAUCGAACAAAUCCAGAGGCUGCUUUUGCGCUUCAUGCUUUAAUGGAAAUACCAAAGCAGUAUCAAUAUUUGAAAAGAGAAGGUCUUAUUGGAUAAGCUGUUGUGAAUUCAUCUACAUACUUCUCCGACGUUUUAAAAACAAUAUUUUUUAGUUUCCCAAGGAGAAUCUAUUGUGCCAUAUUGAUAACCCUCUAACAGGCUACAAUCAAACAAUUAAAGCAAACAUUAUAUACAUUUUUGUGUUGAACUGAGUAAACACAUAGGGGAAAAUAUAAUUGAUGUUGCAACGUACAAUUGCCAUUGAAUGAUUUUAUCAUUCAUCGACUAUUGGACGACUUUGUACAUGUAUUUCUUUUCGUUGAAUCAACUAAGUUUAAUUUUUUGGAUGCAUUAAUGAUAAGUAAUAGUUACUGAUAUAUUCAUACAAUGCUCUUUUCAUCUUUUUAAUUAUGAUUAAAGAUAUAAAAAGGAUGCUAUCGAUUUCAGUAUAGUCUUUUGCUACGACAAGGGCAAAGUCAGAAAGCCUUUGAAAGAUAAAACGUGCAUUAUUAUAUAAGAUGUAAAAACAAUACCUAUUUAUAUUCGAACAUGCUCAUAAAAGGAUAAUUGAUAAAAUUAUAUUGCACGACAUUGAGUUGAGAAUUAACUUUCCUGGCGUCAUAUGGUUUAUUGACGUCAUAUUUGAUGUCAUGUCACGUGUAAGCAUUUCUUUUUGCAUAUAUCUUGUAAUAAUGCAUUUGAUUGCCAUUUCAUCUUAACUGACAGCAGCCAUGUUUAUAAAACUAUAUAAACAUCACCAUACAGUAUUAUAAGGUUUUAUAUAGAGAUAUAAAGUGAAAAC